AUGCGACAACUUGCCGCAGCAACGGGAGAUGGAGGACAGCGAGCAGGCAAAGUUGUUCAUGAUUACAGUUCUCAGUUCCAGCGCGAGUUCGUUGCGCUUCUAAGCCAGCGGUUUGGCACGCGGCGCGUGCUCGCGAACCAAGUAUACCAAGAGUACAUUCAGGAUCGUCAUCAUGUGCAUAUGAAUGCUACGCGCUGGGUGUCUCUAUCUGAAUUUGUCAAGUUCCUAGGGAGAGCAGGUAUCGUCAAAGUUGAAGGCAGUGAGCUGGGCUGGUUUAUUUCAUGGAUCGAUAAUUCAGCCACUGCCCGUGCUCGUCAAGAUGCAAUUAAAAAGAUGGACCGCGCCAAGAUGGAUGAUGAACAACGAGCUCGUAGGGAAUUGGACGAGCAAAUCAGACGCGCUCAUGAACAGGCUAACGCGGCACCUGAUAUUAAGCCUACACCCCUGCCUCCCAAAGAGGGUCUAUUACAAACUAACGACAAGGUGUCUGUAAAAUUAAAUCUAUCUAUGUCAAAGCCUGCUGAUUCAAAGAAAGAAUCGACUGAAGCACCCACUGCCACCAUUGCGGCGAAGCCUACCGUCACCCCACAAACCCCUACCCCUUCUGUAUUUUCUACUCGCGUUAAUCCUCUCAAGGCGGCCUCUAAAGCCUCUGCUAAGGCCGUUGAAUCAACUUCGAAUCCGACUGUUACUACGAACAAGAAGCGCCCACCUACUCAUUUGGGUGCAGCAGAGCGAAUUAUUAUGGAAGAGCAGGCACGCAAAGGCAAGGCAGGCCCAGUCAUGCAGCCUGGCAUCAAACGCUCGCGCUUUUAA